UUGCGGCUUGGGAAAUGGUGGUACCCUAGACAUCGUCCUUCCUCAGUUCAAUAUGGAACAACCUUUCUCGUCUUCAAAAGUUACAGUCGAGUAUCACGAUCCUCACGAUGUCUACAAGCUUCUUGCGCCCGGAUUGAUUCCCCGGCUGCCACUCCGCAACCUCAACUGGCAGUCUCAUGCCGGGCCGCUUCGGUCCAUCGAUACGCUCCAUGUCGAACUCGUUCCAGCGGGCGGCGAUUACUCGACCAUCUUUAGCCCGCUAUCCUCUCCAAACCCCCCAAAGACACCGGCUGCGAACGAUACCGCCACACCGUCCAAGAGUGACGAUGGAUUCCAGACAGCAGUGGUGGGUGGCCGGACGGCUUCCACAGAGCAGUCGGCCGAUUCCACCGCCGCCACUCUUCGGCCCCCGGCAACAGCGUCUUCGAAGGAGCGUCGACAUCAGAUACCCGGACUGCGCCGGACGCCGUAUCUCAAAGUCUUGGUAGUACGAUGUGACGACAACGACACCUACAAGUCGACAACGAGGGCUGAAAUACGCGAGUGGAUCAAGACACACACCCUUCCGUCCCAUGGCAAGCAUGGCAGCAAUGCUGAGAAUCACGAUGCUUUCGAGUGGCUCAUCCUACACGUUGUGCUACCAAACUCGGCCGCUGCCACACAGCCCCGGAUUGCCAGCAGCAAGGUGCAAGACUCGGGCUCUGACGCCACCAAGCUCUCGACGGCCACCCGGUGGCGCGGUGGCUCGAGCACUCUGUUAGAAAAGAUGCGCAACGACUUCAACGGCUCUGCCAAGGGCGCCAUCGACCGUGUCUGUCAGAUCCGGAUCGGAAUCAACGAUGUCCCAUACAGCAUGCUGCCCCGCGUUGUACCCGCGGUGCCCACGGGAUACCAAGAGACCGAGCAGGAGAGCGAAAACGCGUGGGCAGAUCUGAUCGCCAAAUUCAAGGAGCUCAUCUUGUCAAGCUUCGACACCCGCGUCCGCCAGUACGAGGAAGACAUCAAGGAGAGAGACGGGCAAAGGAGCCUCCCCGGCUGGAACUUUUGCACCUUCUUCAUUCUCAAGGAAGGACUAGCUCGUGGCUUCGAGAGUGUUGGUCUGGUUGAAGACGCUUUGGUUGGCUAUGACGAGCUCAGCGUCGGCUUGGACAUGAUCAUCCAGGAGCAGGCGAUCGCGGGGUCUGCCGAAACUCACGGCGGCGCGUUGCUCAGCUACACCCCAGAGCUGAGGGAGCUUGCACAAAAGGCAGUGGCCGAGAUCAGCAGUGGCCAUCUAGAGUUUGACGAGGAGGAGGCUGUCGAUCUUCAGUCUGGAGAAAAGAAAAGUCGAGACCAGUUCGACGGCAUUCCCAUCAGCGCGUCAAAGAAGCCAUACCGUGAUCUCAUCCUAGCCAAUAACGUAUCUCUCUUCGACUUUAGGUGUUACAUCUUUGCCCGCCAGAUCGCGCUCCUGCUCCGGUUGGGCAACGCUUGGUCAACUCGGGAAGAGCCCUUGGCUAAGCUCAAAGAGCAGCAAGAGUUGGUCCCAAGAGGAGUAGCCCCCAGAACUCCGCUUCCAAAAAUAACCGAUGAGCCCGAAAACUUGUCACAACUAGCAGAGAUCUGCAAGAGGACUUUGGAGUUUGUUCCUGCGAUUUCAACGGUGAUGCGCAGAGAUAUCAUAGCUGCCCUGGCAUCUGCAAGGAUGGUUGAAGGGGGCGGAGACGACAACGAGGUGAAUCUGACUCCACUACAUUCUGAGGUUGUCGACAAUAUGGUUUCCUCUUUCGCCUUCUCGGUUGCCCAACAGAUCCUUGCUCAGACUUCUACUAAAGCGCUCCCGAUCCCGCCCUCUACUCUUGGCUCAUCUUCCGAUGCUCAAGAACAAAAGACAUCAAUACCUGAGCCGAAAACGAUGAUGCAUCCGGCAAGGAACUCGUCACUACAUGGACAAGCUGCUCAACGUCCACCACCAAGUCCCCUUGACUUUCCAGGCCCCGGCAGCUCAGCAGAGGGUAACAUGGUGCUUCCACCUUAUGUCAAGCCCGGUCUCGAAGAGCUGGCCGCAAGGAGGGCUGAGCUAUGUGCCCUGUCUAGAAACAUACUCGAGGAAUGUGGGAAGAAGCGAGGUUGGACAGAUGGAUGGGCCUCUGUACCUGUUGUUGGGGAAACUGGGAUUUCGCAGAUGGAGGAUAUCAAUUUGGAGGCUGAAGGCUCCGAGACAAAGACCACGCCAGACUCUACAGACAGGUUGCAAGCAUCGAUUGCUGGCGUCACGAAUACCCUCCUCCGAACAGGCCUCGACAACAAGGACGAUUUUUACCGGCUUUACGAGACACUUAUCGACAAGGCACUUCGCCACUACACGGUUGCCAACCAUACACACUCGGUCCAAUCUAGCCUGGCUGAUCUUGCCGUGCUAAAAUUCCAUCUCGGCGAAUUCAGCGAGGCGGCCACUUACUUUUACAGAGUUAUUCCGUUGUUCGGCGAGAGCGGAUGGAGCCUCCUUGAGCUCUCCAUGCUCGUCUUGUAUGCCCGGUGUCUGAAGGAACUGAAUAGAUUAGACGAUUACGUCAACCAGGCGCUUCGCCAACUCUUAUCCAAAGCUGCUGCCGCCGAGAGGGAUAGGCUGCAGCAGAAGUCCCGGUUCCGGAUCGGCCUCACCUCGACCGUACAAUACCCAGAGUCUUCGGCGAUAUCCGGGUUUUUAGAGAGUUUGUUGGAAACGUCAACAUCGCUUGCAAGAGAUGUCAGGAUCCCCUUGGCGAACUUUUUCUGCGACAUGGGGCUCGACGGACCACCAUUUUAUGACGAUGGUCAAGACAGCUUCUCGCUGUUUCUCGAUCUCCGCAGUUUGUUGGUGGAUGAAUUCGAGGCGACCUCAGUCAGCGUAAGGAUCGCAGCUUCAACGCCCGGAGGACACAAGGAGAUCUGGCUUCAGACCAAGGGCCCGGUGAAUAUCAGGCCUGGCCUGAAUAAGGUGCGGGUUCGAAGUACCGUCAUGAUGUCGGGGACCUUCGAGGUAGACCAGGUCCAGCUGCGCAGCAAGAAGGUGCUGCUGUACUACGAGCGCGACAUCAAUCAAACCCAAGACAAGUUGUCGGGCCUUUUCAAGAAUGCGCGUGUCGCCCUCUAUCAGCGCACGAGCUGCCUGGAUGUUCAGCUCAUGGGCACUCAAGAUCUUCAGCUCGACAAGAAGAAAUCCCUCGAUCUCGAGCUCUCAACAGGGUGGAACACAAUCAAGACGUGCGAGGUCAAAAUCAAGUCCGCCACUGGCGGUUUGAGGCUCGUCAUGAGCGAGGCUGAGGUCAUUGGCUCGCCGCAGCCCACAAAGUCAGAAGGUGGUACCUUUACUUUCGGCGCCAUGGGGGCAAAUAGCUCCAUCCGGUUCAGGUUCCCAUUCACUGUCGAGCAAGACUUGCUCGAUGUAUCUGUCAGGGCGGAAGUGGCAUACUCGACCGACCAGGGAACCUUUACAUUCUUCAAGACGUCGUCUGUUCCAAUCUCGCUGGCCCUGGAAGUCAAUGUCCAAGACAUUUUCAAGCACGAUGCUCUCUUUUCACGGUUUGCCGUGUCAACGGCCACGGACAGUCCGUUGAGACUGUUGAAGAGCGAACUCCUUAGCUCUGACGUCUUUGAAUCGCACUUUGGCCAGCCCCCGAACCACCCGGUGCUCGUGUUCCCCAAACAACCAGCGAGUUUGCUCUAUAAAAUCACUAGGAAACCAGGAUCAAAGCUUGGUCCCAAGGCGAAAAAAACGCUGUACCUCAAACUUUACUACAGCGUUGUUCAAGAGGAGAUCGCGGCGCUGUUCAAGCAAACUCUUGUAGAAGAGCUCCAGGAGACACCCCUCAAGGAAUUGUCGAAGCUGGUGGUAUCCAAAGUCCUCGGCUGGGUUCGAACUGGCUUAUCGGCUUAUGACCUCGAGAAGGCCAGCUUGCUGGGCGAGUUGCCAACCGAGUUUCUGGCCAGCGUUAACUGGGAAAAACAGUUUGCCGGGCUCGGGCUUGCCUCGGCCUCUGCCGACAACACGGUUGCUUCCCGGAAGAGUGUAACAGAUUUUAUCCGCGGCUGGCUGCGAAGGCAUUCGACAUUGUUACUCCCGGACCCUGGCCCAACGGCAGCAAUUAACUGCAACACGAUCAUUAUACCGGUCGAUAUACCCUCCGUCUCGGUCGUCCACACAGCAGAUAUUCGCCUUGACAAACCCCUGCACACGAUCACGGGCAAUGCGGACAUGGGUUGCCCGACGGUGUGUGUUAACCAGCUCCUGCCAGCAACGCUUCACCUCAAAUGGACGCGCAUAUGGGAUACGGCAAAUUCGGCAGACGAAGGAGGGCAGCCAGACUUGGAGUUUGGCUACGAAAUCACGUCGCCGGGGGAUACCUGGCUUUUAGGGGGCAGAAGGAAAGGGCACUUUGUGAUUCCGGCCCCCGCUGCAGACGUGGACGGGCGCGUCGUGAGUGAGAGUUCUACGCCGGAUACUGAGGCAGAUAUCCCGAUCGUGUUGAUACCCCUAAGGGAAGGAUACCUGCCUUAUCCGAACGUGGAGAUUAGAAGGAUUGGAUCAGAGGAUGAUGGGGAUGGGCCUGCGGGGCAUUGUGAGACGGAUUAUCGGAAUAUUGGAGAGACGAUGCUUGUUGUGGAUCAGGGGAUGUUUUUAAGGCAUGGUCCUAUGAUAAGAGUAGAAUCGUACAUUUUACAGGUAUGUAGUGUAGAUGAUUCGAGAGCCAGGGAUCUCCAUGAAGGUGAAGGGACGUAACUCGAGAGAGAUCUCAUGUGGGGCAGGUCUUGACCACUCUUGUCCGCCCCCAAAUUGCCCGACCGUGACGUCACUCCAUUCUCGGGUCCAAGCAAUUCUGAGUGCGAGCUGAGCUUCGCUACCAGUCGACCAACACAU